CGGCAGAGCUGGGAGGAGGAGGUGGCGGCCGGAGGGAGCCCGCGCUCUGGGCGGCGGCUAGAGGCAGCGCACCGAGUUCCCGCGAGGAUCAAUGACCUGACGAGCCGCCGGAGCCUCGUUGCCUCUUGGGUGGCCUGGGUCGGUAGGGAGCCCGGUGCUCGCGGACCGGCGGGAGGACCGGAGGGUCGUAGUCUCCCGCGGAGUUGGGAGGAGGAGGCGGAGGAGCGGGAACCGCAGCGGCGCUCGCGCGGCGCCUGCGGGGGGGAAGGGCAGUUNCAGUUCCGGGCCGGGCCGCGCCUCAGCAGGGCGGCGGCUCUCCGGUCGCAGACUCAGGGCCCCGGCAGCAGCGGCGACUGGAGGAAUCAAGUUGUGCGGUCGGUGAUGCCCGAGUGAGCGGCGGGCCCUGGCCUCUGCCCCGAGGAGGCAACUCCCACGCAGGCCGCACGGGCGCCCUCGCGGCUGGGAGGCUUCGUUUCGGUUUCGCGGCGGCGGCGGCGUUGUUGGCUGAGGGGACCCGGGACACCUGAAUGCCCCCGGCCCCGGCUCCUCCGACGCGAUGGGGAAGGUGCUAUCCAAGAUCUUCGGGAACAAGGAAAUGCGGAUCCUCAUGUUGGGCCUGGACGCGGCCGGCAAGACAACAAUCCUGUACAAGUUGAAGCUGGGCCAGUCGGUGACCACCAUCCCCACCGUGGGUUUCAACGUGGAGACGGUGACUUACAAAAACGUCAAGUUCAACGUGUGGGAUGUGGGCGGCCAGGACAAGAUCCGGCCGCUCUGGCGGCAUUACUACACCGGGACCCAGGGUCUGAUCUUCGUUGUGGACUGCGCCGACCGCGACCGCAUCGACGAGGCCCGCCAGGAGCUGCACCGCAUUAUCAAUGACCGGGAGAUGAGGGACGCCAUAAUCCUCAUCUUCGCCAACAAGCAGGACCUGCCUGAUGCCAUGAAACCCCACGAGAUCCAGGAGAAACUGGGCCUGACCCGGAUUCGGGACAGGAACUGGUAUGUGCAGCCCUCCUGUGCCACCACAGGGGACGGACUCUAUGAGGGGCUCACAUGGUUAACCUCUAACUACAAAUCCUAAUGAGCAUUCUCCACCCAUCCCCCCGGAAGGAGAGAAAUCAAAAACCCAUUCAUAGGAUUAUCGCCACCAUCACCUCUUUCAAAUUGCCACUUUCUCUUGAAUUUGAACUCUGGAGUUACUGUUCUACGGUUUGGGGGGGUUAGGGGGUUUCCUUUUUGUUUUCUUUCUUCUUUUGCUUUGCGUUAGGAUGCUCCGAUCUGACAUUUGACAUGAACACAAAGUGCUAGAUGCUCUUGUUAACUUCCAGGAAAUGGGAUGGGGAAAAUAUAGCAGUUCUUGGUAAAGUCCUUUAUAAUAAUGGUAUGAUUUUUUUAUUUUGAAAGAAUUUUUUUCCCAUUGUAUGCUUUUUUUUCUUUUUGCCCAGUUUCCUUAUCACUUGCUGUAGAUGGCUUAUUUUGCAUUCAUGCAGACUAUGUUGCAAGUCUGUUUCAUCUAGUAAACUGAAAAUUAUUGCUUAAUCAAACUGCCGUUUGUCUUUUAUAUUUAAGGCCUUUCCCCCCUCCCUUUUGAGUUCUAACUUAGUAAUUUCAAAUAUGACCUUUUAUAUCUAAGACCAGUAUAGAUAACUUAGCCUACAGUGGCAAAUAAUGAGUAAUAUCGUAAUAUGUUCCAGUUGCACAUCAGUGUGUUAAAAAGGUAAUAUAAGAAGUUCUUUGAAAUGCCAGCUAUUAAGUUCUGAAACAUACAUCAUGCAUGAGUAGGGAUUAAACUCAAGUUCCCCAUUACAUAGCUAAUUUACACUGCAUAAGAAUAUGAAAUUGUAACCUGUUGAACACAAAAUUUUUUUCACUGCAAAGUUAGCAUCUUUGCUGCGUUUUCCCUUUUUUAACUUUAAAAACUUUCCAGAAAAUGGAGCAAUAAUGGUAUAACUACACAGUUGAAAUAUUUGUAGAUAUUUUAAGGGACUUUUGGGCAAAACUGGAAUAUAUACUUUUACCAUGUUUCAAAUGUCUAAGACCAACAGUUUUUAAAUUACUAGGAUGUUUACUUUGUUCAUUAAUAAAGCAUUUAACAAUUCAAAUUGUAUGCACCUUUUACCUAGUUGGAAAAAUAGACAUUCCUGUUUUCACAUUACAGCAACUGAUUGAAGAUAAAAGUCUUUUUUAUAGAUGAGUGAUCCACAUCUCCAUUAAUAAGAUCACUGGAAAAGAUGUUUUAUAAAAAAAGUAUUUAAUUCUGUGUGAUUGUAGGAUUAACUCAUGCAAAUAGUAAGUCAGAUCCUGUUGGUUCUAAUACACUAUCUCCUUUAAGGAAGGAAAUGUGAUGAAUGAAUGACGUGUAGACUUGAGGAAUGACAAUUAAAGGGGAAGUAGGAUGAAGAGAAAGAACCUACAGAUGACGAUGAAUGUAAACUUAUUUUUCUUAAAGGGUAAGCAGUGUGCUCACUUGGUGAUAUCCAGAUCCUAACAAGAUUACUUGCUUGUCUGGUUAGGACCAGUAACUUAGACUAUUGAGACCAGCGUGAAAAUACUUUGAACCAAAUGUUAAUGCCUGGUAGAGAAUUGUGAAGCAGCAUCUGGUUCUUAUAUAGCCUUAAGGAUUAAUUUUAGAGAUCCUCAAGGAAUUAAACUUAGGGAAUUUCAGAAAUGUAGACUGCAAAAGCAGUAUACAGGAAAAGAUGUGGGUUUUAUGAGGGUGUCUGAAAACUAAAAUUGAGCGGGAUAUCAUGGUAUAUAGUUGGACAGUAUUGGUCCUUCGUGCUUUGGCCAUAUUGUGUAAUGGAGCUUUUACCAAAGAUGUAUGAGAAACAUAAAGCUACAAAAAAACUAACUAUUCAAAGUAAAACUCUUGACAAACAUUUUACUUAAAGCAGAUGAGCAAAGGUUCUAUGCUGUAGGCCCCUGAUGGUGCAGAGGGAUUUCUGAAUUAAAAAUGCAGCAAAAGUACAAAAUUUUCAGUUUCACUUUAGUAGAAGUAUCUCUAGAAAUGAAGCUGGCAGACACAUCUAAGAACAUUUUAGUUGCUUUUAAGAUUCCCAAGGCUCCACCAUAAAUUUAAUUCUUAGUGUUUUAAAUGAUUACAUUAAGGUACAUACAUGGGUAAUACAAAUAUCAAUGCUAUAAUAACAUCCUGAAACAAGACAAGCACAAAGGUAUAAAUGCCUAAACUGGAGGAAACUUGAAACCCUCAUGUUAAUUCUUAAAUGUAGUAUUUCUAACUUACGAGAGUUAGAUUGAUAGGCAGCCAUUUUUUUGUGUCUUAAAGUAACUGGGGGCAUAGUUAAAAUUUUAUAUAUCAAGUGAUUGCUGUUGAAUGUUGCAGGUGAGAUGUGGUUAUUUUUAGUUUAAUUGAAAUGUCAAAUAACAAGGGGGUGGAGGGGGGGAAGCAAAUAUUUGAAAUUUGAAAAAUCCUAAACCUUUUGGUAAGAAAUUGUAUUUUUCACUUUUUUUUAAGAAUAUAAAAGGCUGAUACUUGAUGUAGUUAAAUUGAACCAUAACUAUUGCUGAUCAUGGCGCAGGCUAGCCUGCAUUGACAGUUAUAAUCUAAGAAUUUUUAAAAUGAGAUCCUGAAGUUUUUGUUUAAUUGCAUCAAUUUCUGUAUUUAUGUGAAUUUAUAAACCAGUAAGUUUUGAAUGAGGUUAAUCUUGUCUGAUAUAAGUAAAUGAGUCUGUAGACUGAUUGCCCCAGACUAAAAAGUACAGUACCUGGAAUUGUGUUCUUAAUGGUUGUAGUGUUGGUAAAGCACUAAUAUGCAGAAAAUAAAGGAAUUACACAGUGCA